CCCUCGUGAGACAGGGAAAUCCGUGCGUUAGGAAUACCCGAGGAGGAAUCACUCUUUUUAUUUCUAGACCCGGGGAUUCGUACCACUUCCUAUCUGUUUCGCCACACAUAGGCUGCCGGGAAACAUCUCUCGUCAUAUGUCUCUCCUUUAAGACGGACCGAUCGCUCCAGUCACCGGAGGUUCCCAUGUUGACUCUCCCCAUCCCCUCCAAAACAAGAGAGCACAAGACAUAACGGAAUCGUACCUGCUCCGAUCGUUUACGAACCGAAUGCGUAUGUAUAAACGAUGUCAUUUAUUCAAAUAGCGCUACAUCGGAUUGAUUUCGAUUGCUUAAAUGAAUCGUCGGAGGGGGACUAUAUUCCAUCGCCAGUUCAAGGAAUGGUGCACGUCAUGUCUCGGAUCUCUAAACUCUUGUGUGUAUGGCAAUAUUAAAGACUCCCUACUGAUUGGUAACGUUCACAUAUUUGUAUUGUGGUGCCAAAUUGGGGGACCAGGAUUGCUUGAUGUCGGAAUACAGCGCCAAGGCUUGGUUGUCGACAGUGUGCUUGCGCAGAUGGCGAACACAAGCGAUCCGGGGGAAAGCAACCCCUCGCUCCAGAAUUAUUCCAUCACCGCCUCUUCGGUCAAACUGGCCACGUUGGGUCUCAUCACCUGCGUCAGCCUGCUCGGGAAUAUCGGGCUCUCUCUCCUGGUGCUGAAAGACAGCUCCCUUCACAAGGCUCCGUACUAUUUCCUCCUCGACCUGUGCGUGGCUGACAUCAUCCGCUCGGCAGUGUGUUUCCCGUUCGUGAUGAUCUCCAUCAGCAACGGCUCCGUGUGGAGCUACAGCAUCAUCAGCUGCAAGAUCAUCGCGUUCAUGGCCGUCUUGUUCUGUUUCCACAUCGCCUUUCUGCUCUUCUGCGUUAGCGUAACGCGCUACAUGGCCAUCGCGCACCACCGGUUCUACUCUAAACGCAUGACGCUAUGGACAUGCGUCGCGGUCAUAUGCAUGGUAUGGACCCUCUCCGUCGCAAUGGCAUUCCCUCCGGUAUUCGAUGUCGGGACGUAUACAUUUAUACGCGAAGAAGAGCAGUGCGUAUUCGAACACCGAUACGUGAAAGCCAACGACACGCUGGGUUUCAUGCUCAUGUUGGCUGUGAUCGUGGGCACGACGCAUGUUGUGUAUGUCAAAAUGCUGUGCUUUGUUUACGACCACCGUAAAAUGAAACCCGCUCAGCUGGUUCCGGCGAUCAGCCAGAACUGGACAUUUCACGGGCCGGGGGCGACGGGCCAGGCGGCCGCCAACUGGAUCUCGGGUUUCGGACGCGGCCCCACGCCGCCGACAUUAGUGGGCAUCAGGCAAGCGGCGCACAACGUCAGUCGCAGACUGCUCGUCCUGGACGAGUUCAAGAUGGAGAAACGGAUAGGGAAGAUGUACUACUUGAUCACUCUAGUGUUUCUGCUCUUAUGGGCCCCGUAUAUUGUGUCGUGUUACAUUCGGGUAUUUGUGAAGGGCAACGCGGUUCCUCAGGUGUACCUGACCGCGGCUGUGUGGUUGACGUUCGCCCAGGCGGGGGCGAAUCCUAUCAUAUGUUUCAUAUUCAAUAAAGAGUUAAGAAUGAGAUUCAGAGCCUGCUUUCCGUGCUGCCUGACCACAGAAACCCCCAUGGAGCCGUACUGUGUCAUUUGAAGUACGUUUAUUCAUGAAAUUCGUUUCAAAAGGUUUGAGAAACAAUGUUUUUCUCAUUACACUAGUUAAAUAAAUGCCUCUUGGUUUGCUAUUUUACAAUCCAAUGGUUUCAUUCAUCUGUGAAGGAAUAGUUAACCUAAAAUUAAAUUUUGCCAUCAUUUAUUCACUAAUAUGUUGUUCUAAACCUGUUCUUUCUUCCUAGGAGAUAUCAUGCAGAAUGUUCAGUCUCAGUCACCAUUCACUUUUCAUUGCAUGUAUGAAAAAUGAAUGAAAGUUAAUGGUGAUAAGACUAUCCGUCUUUAACAUUCUGCAACAUCAUGAGGGUGAUUAAAUGAUGACACAUUUUUCAAUUUGUGGUGAACUAUCCCUUUUAGCAUCCAAAUAAUUUUUGGGGCCACAGCAUGUCAUAUUUUCCUUCAUUAAAAGGUAAAAUCACAGACCUGUUACACCUUUGCAUAUCGGAAGAUGCAUAUAUGCAAUCCACAUAAUGAUGCACAAUAUGUAUAAAGAGAAUUUAUUUAUAUUCCGGACUAUUCUUUAUAUCUUACAGUAUAUGUCAUAUAUUUGCUAUGAGCUUAAUAUACUUUUUUUGUGUGAAAAAAAUGUCCAGAGGAUUUCUACUGUCACAUGGACUAAAUGUGAAUAAACCAUGUCCUUCCCACAUUCCCUUUAAAUUGAUUCUGGAAAAUUGUUCUCAGUGGACGUGAGCAAAGUCAGCUUUUAGCUGAUGGAUCAGUGUUGGAGACCAUGAUUUGUAUUUUAAUUCAAA